AUGGUGGCGCAAAACUUGCUCUGCACACUCCUGACAACCACCUACCUCCUGGUCACUCCACACGUGUCCACCUCAAUUCUCCGCCUCAUGCCUCUCCCCAUCGACCUAUCGCAGACCUCGGAGCUAGCUUCUGCCCUUGCGUUCCUAUCCCGCCACCCAACCGCAACAAAGGAUAUAAUUGCCUUCGCUGCCUGCGGUGCAAUUGGCCAGUUAUUUAUAUUCCACACUCUGGCGCAUUUCUCUUCCCUGCUGCUUGUCACUGUUACAGUUACGAGGAAGAUGCUUACGAUGCUAUUGAGCGUGAUGUGGUUCGGCCAUCGGCUGAGUGGGGGCCAAUGGAUAGGCGUUGGGCUGGUCUUUGGUGGCAUUGGGGCAGAAGGGGUGGUGCAGAAGAGAGAAAAGGCUAAGAAGCUGGCAGAGAAGGAGAAGAAGAAGCUGGAGAGUACUGAUGUGAAUAAAGGGGAGAAGCAGCUGUAA